AUGUACAAGACAUGUUUAAUAAAAUUGAUUAUGAUAUUAAUAAAAUUGAUUUUUGCAGAGCAUCAAGAUCAUAUAAUCUAUUGGGAUGCUAGUAAUUCAAUAUUUAAAGAAAAUCCUGAUGAAUUGUAUGUCAAUGAGGGAGAUAAUUUGAUUUUUAUUUGUUCACCAAAUCGAACACAUAAAAUCACUCGCCCAGUGAAUUUACUUCGGGGAUUUCUUAAUAAAUCAUUAAAUGAAUUUGUACUUAAAGUUAGUCGAUUCCCAGAGAUCACAUCACUUCCUAGUUUUGAUUACAAUAUACCUGUACACUUUAUAGCUCAUUCAUUUACAUGUCAGAAAAAUAACAUCCGAUUAAGUUUCAAGUUAGCAAAGAAUUCUAUGAAUGAUAAAAAUAAUUCUCUUGUUUCUGAUGUUUUAAAGUCGUUUAUAUCAGAAACGCAAUUAAUUGGUCAAAACAAAUCUGUGUCCAUUGUAAAUAGAACGUUACAGCACCAUUCAAAAACCAAACUAGUUUUAGAAACUUCAGUCACAUACAGAAAUCAUACUUUUAUUAUCAAAGAACAAACAAUAGACUGGGAAGAAUAUAAAUUUUUACUUGUCCCAGCUAUAUUUGCAUUUCUUACACUGAUUGGUAUACAGAUUAUUUUAUGCAGUUUUUGGCUUCCAAAUUCAAUUGUAAAUAAAUUUAUAGCUUACUUUAAGAAGUGUAAAUGUAAAAGAACAUCAAAAGAUCAAUCAAAUCAACCAUGUUACAAGCAUGAAAUAAAACAUUUGUACUUAAAUAAUACUUCUUCAAUGUCUAGAAUACGUUCAUCAAAAUAA